AUGUCUCAAAUAAAGCUAUAAUCUUCAGUUAAGACUUUAACACCUGCUCUAAAGAAUUCAUAAAAAUAUAUCAGCUAGCACGAUAAGCAUGUUACACUUCCAGAUGGAAUUAAUUCAAGAAAAUCAUCACUAAUCCCAUUAAAUCAAUAGCCUGAGUUUGAGAUUAUCAACCAAGGAAAACUAGAAAAUGUGAAAAUGUUUAGUGAUGAAGCAAGUUCUUCAAGAAUUGAGAAUAACAUGUCAAGUAAUAGAGAAAGUCCCCAAAAUCAAAAAUUUAAGCAAAAGAAACAGAGUUACUUAGACUUUUAUGAUGACCAUUCGAAUUAAGAAAAUAAUAGAUAUUAAUCGAAUACAUAUUUCAUUAACAACAAAAAUCAUCUUAAUGAUAAGGAUUACUUGAAUCAAGAUCUUGGUAAUAAUUACAGGACAGAAUUACAAACUAAUACAAAAAUGAAUGAUCUGAGUAAAAUCCCAUCUUAUGUCAAGAGGUAAGCAUCAGAAAAUAAGAGAAUUUCAAAUUAGAAAUAUUAAUAAUCGAAAACUUUCAACAUGUAUGUGCCAACUCUUGGCUUUAUAUAAACUGAAAAUAUUAAUAGCGAUGAUCAAAUGUCCUCUCUUGAUAGAAGUUAAACCUCAAAAGGGCUAAAAUCUUCCCUUGUUUCACGGAUUAAUUACAAAUCACCAGAAAAUUAUGUAAAAUCUAAUACUAGUAGCAAUGGUAGUCCAUUUAAUUCAAAUAACUUCAUAAAUAAUCUAAGUAGCCUGAAUAAUAACAGCUCUAAGUAGGGUUUAGCUACUUAGUAAGACAUCAUGCAAACAAGGAAAUCUCUAUAGAAGUUCAGAACUGUAAAAUAUCAGCAUCCAAGCCUGAAUAAAACUGAUCUGGAAUACCUUAAAGAGGAAUCAAAAGAAUAUGAAAGAGAUGAUAAUUUUAACAAUCGUUAAUAGCAUCCAUCAACUAAUAAUAACAGAAAGGAGCAAACAAGAACUGAAGAGUACAAAGUAAAUGGUGGAGAUGUUGAUUAAAUGGGAUAGAAUAAAAAAAGGCCGAAUUCUAGUAAUCCUUAUGGUAUGAUGGCAAAAAAGCUAAAUUAAAGAAGACUGAGGCAACAGUUUUUAAAUUAGCCUUCAGGCACUAGUAUAUUUAAAGACCAAUUUUUUGCCAUAUAAUAGCCAGUUCUUAAUUACUCCUCACUAAAUAAUAGAAUUGUAAUCGAAAAUAAUUCAAACUCAAAUAAUUAUUAAAAUUCCGAUUUAAGAUCUCAGCAAGUUUCAAUGGGGGAGAGAUUAAUUUAGAUCAUCAAGGAUUAGAAUCGUAUCCCUGAUGUUUAAAUUACCUAUGAUAAACCUCAUCCUGCAGUAAACAGAUUAAUGAGUAUAUCAGACACAUAAGGAAUUACUCUAAGUGGUUAGAGUAUACUUCAACCAGUAUUAGCCAUGAGUUAGGAUUAGUUUAAAGAGAAUUAAGAUGAAAAUUCAAAUAAUGAGAAGUUUUCAGGCUAAGAAAUUCUUAUUGAUAGUCUUAUUGGUGGAGGUCUUAAUAUGAAGGAACUUUAGCAAUUGAAUCAUCUCAGUUAGAUGCUACCUCGUAAAUCAGUGCUUUAAAAUGUAAAGCAAAACAUGAGUUUAACUGAUAAAGUAUUAAAGAAGAUCCAGAAUAAUUACAAGCCAUCUAAUAUAUUUAAGCAUUUUGAUAUUGAGAAAGAAUCCAAGGAAAACAUUCAAUCAAUUAAAAAUCAGAUUAAGGAUGAUUCAAUCUAUCUCAAUCUCUCCAAAGUCUCAACUAGUCAGAAAGAUCAAACUAAUUUCAUUAAUCAAGUCUCAACUCUCUUUGAUAACCCUACAUUUUAUUAAAAACUUUGUGAUUAAACUGAUAGAUUAAUGCAUGAGUAAUCUCAGUUAAAAUCAACAAGAGAUGCUGUUAAAUCAAGCUAUACUAAUAAGUUGAAGUCAACCAUUCAACAGCAUCGCAAAAAUGAUUCUAAGUCAAAUACCAAUAUAGGCCUAUCGAAUGCAGCAACUAUUUAAACCACUGUGAAUGAUAACUAUGUGGAUGAAAAUAGCAAGAUGAUGAACAAGGUAAAGUCUAUGGAUUAGGAAAUACUGCAGCUAAAAUAUUCUAGAUAUCUUAAGGAAGUUGAUGAGCUAAAUGCCCUCAAAGACUAUUUAGCUUAGAGAAAAAAUGAUUUAGAUAUUGUAGCUAAGUAAAAAAUUGUUGAUAUAAUAGUUUCAAAGUAAAGUGAAUUGAAAACUCGAGAAAAAACUUUUCAAUAGCAAACAAUGGCAGUUGCUAAUUCAGAUUUAUUGUGA